UUUGCUUCAGAUAUUCUCGACUACAGUGGUAGCAGAACAGACUUGAUAUUUUUAAUAAAUUUCUUAUAGAUUAAAAGAUGUAAGGAGACAUCUCAACAUGGAGCCUAUUCAGAACUGCUUCAACAACAGAGAGCAACAAUGGUGGAGAACAACAAACUCACAGGAAAGAUCAGUGAGUUAGAGAAAAUGUUAGAUGAAUUAAGAAAACAGAAGUUCCAGGUAGAACAAGAACUUCCCAAAGUAAAGGCAGCUGCAGAAAAUGAGCUGAGAAAGCAACAGAGAAAUGUGGAAGAUAUUGCUUUGAAGAAAAUCAAGGCUGAGAGUGAAGCCAAGCAAUAUCGCUCUGAACUUGAGAGCAUUGUGAAGGAGAAGAUAGCAGCACAGCAAGAAUUAGAGCGUGUGAAACGGCUUACAUUAGAGGCGGAAGCUAAGAGAGCUGAGGUUGAAGAAAACCUCCGAAAUUUCCGUCAGCAGUUAGACGAGCACACGAUUACUAGAAGGACCUUGGAAGACUGUCUUAAAAGAAAAGACACAAGUCUCAGUGACUUGGAGCAUCAGAAAAGCAUGUUGAUGGCAGAACUAAGGAGAAAAAAAGAAAGUGAGGAAGAACUCUUGAAACUCAUGAAGCAGAUGGAAGCAGACCUUGCGUUUCAAAAGAAAGUUGCAGAGAAACAGUUGCAAGAAAAGCAGAAAAUCGAAACUGAAGCCAGGAGAAAAAUAACAGAAAUACAACUCUCUUGUGGAGAAAGUACAUUGCCAGCCUGUACUAUCAUACAGGACACUCAUGGAAAACAGAAAGCUGAUGAACUGAAGCAUCAGGUCCUUGAACUAACCCUUGCCAACCAAAAGGCUGAAAAGGAGGUAGGUGAGUUGAAAUAUGAGCUGAAUUCCCUUCAACUUCAAAAAACAUCAUCUGAGGAAAAGGCUCGUUUGCUAAAAGAAAAGUUAGAUGAAACAAAUGACACAUUAAGGUGCCUCAAGUUGGAGUUGGAGAAGAAAGACCAGGUAGAGCAGGGCUACUCUCAACAAUUAACAGAACUUAGUAGGCAGUUGAACCAAACUACAGAUAGAGCUCAAGAGGUAAUGCAGGAAGCUAAUGACCUGAAGAAGAUAAAACAUCAUUAUCAAGUGGAAUUGGAAUCUCUCCAUCAGGAAAAGGGGAAGCUGAAAAGAGAAGUGGACCAAAUCACUCAAGCUCGGGCACUAGCUGAAAUGAACAUUCAGCAUUUGAAUUCCAAGGUCUCUACUCUUCAGCAUGAGAAGGCAUUAGCUGAUGAAAGAGCAAGAUCCUGCCUAGGGAAAUCAGAACAUAUCCUAACAGAAGCAUUUGAUAAAAGUCAUGAGCAAUUACUUCAAAAUAUCAAAGCAGAAAAAGAAAACAAUCAAAAAAUCCAGAAACUCAAUGAAGACUUGGAAAAAAGUAAUGAGUGGGCAGAGACGUUAAAACAGAAAGUGGAUGAGCUCACCAGACAAAACAAUGAAACUAAAUUGAUGAUGCAGAGAAUUCAGUCAGACUCGGAGAAGAUUGUGCUGGAGAAACAAACUAUUCAGCAAAAAUGUGAGAUCCUAAAAAAUCAGGCAGACAGUUUUAAAGAACAGCUUCGUAACACAAAUGAACACUUGCACAAGCAGACAAAAACAGAACAAGAUUUCCUUAGGAAAAUCAAAUGUCUGGAGGAAGACUUGGCCAAAACUCAAAGUCUGGUCAAUGAAUUUAAGCAGAAGUGUGACCAGCAGGACAUUAUUAUCCAGAAUACUGAGAAGGAGGUUAGAAAUCUGAAUGCUGAGCUGAGUGCAUCCAAAGAGGAAAAGAGACUCGGUGAGAAGAAGGUACAGAUCCAGGAAGCCCAAGUGCAGGAAUUAAAUAAUAGGUUGAAGAAGGUCCAAGAUGAAUUGCACCUAAAGACUAUAGAGGAGCAGAUGGCACACCAAAAGAUGGUUCUGUUUCAGGAAGAAUCUGCUAAGUUCAAACGCUCUGCAGAAGAAUUUAGGAAGAAAGUAGAAAAAUUAAUGGACUCCAAAGUCGUCACUGAAAAUGAUCUUUCAGGCAUAAGGCUUGAUUUUGUAUCUCUUCAGCGAGAAAACUGUAUAGCCCAAGCGAAUGCUAAGCUAUAUGAAACAGAUAUUAAAGAAUUAGAAGGAAGACUACAACAUUAUCGAGAACAAAUGCAGCAAGGAGAGAAGAUGGAAGCACAUCAUUACCAAAAAUGUCGUAAACUUGAGGAGGAGCUGAUGGCACAGAAAUGUGAGGUUGCAAACUUGAAGCAAAAAAUGGACCAGCAGAUAAAGGAGCAUGAAAACCAGUUACUUUUGCUUCAGAGUGAGAUCCAGAAAAGGAAUUUGCCUAAAGAUUGCAGUUUCAAACCAGACUUUGAAAGGAAAGUAAAUGAGUAUAAAUACUGUGGCGACCUCUCUUCUAGGGGAAUUGAGCAACUUCAACGAAAGACACAAUCUCCUCUGUUGGGUUGGGAAUCAAAAGGGUUUCCAAGUGAACAGAUGGAUGAACAAAGGCUUCAUAAGAGUGCUGAACAGAUAGCCAAAGAAGUCCAGUUCCGGCUACCAAGAGCUACGUUAGAGGAUGAAAAAAGCCAGCAAUGCUACUCUGAGUAUUUUUCUCAGACGAGUACUGAGUUACAGAUAACUUUUGAUGAAACAAAUCCAAUUCCAAGACUAUCAGAAAUAGGAAAAAUAAGAGAUAAAGCUCUAUACAAUUCCAUAUCACCGAUUAGAUAUCAAGAUGAUAACUCUGAAAUGGAACUGGUGAAACUCAUGAAGCCUUUGGAGAUAGCUAAGAACAAGCAGUGUGAUAUGCAUGUUGAAGUCACAGCAAUAAAGCAAGAAAAAGACCUAGUUCCAGAUCAUGAAGAGCGGAUACUUGAAGUAUUCAGAACCUCAGAUGGAUUCAAGAGAGGAGAAUUGCCUAAGUUGAAUUCUACCAACUUAGAACAAGAGAAUUUCCAAAAUAUUAGCAGAAGUUAUGACUGUUCUGUCAGAGAUGAUGAAUUUAAAUUUCAGGGUCUCCAACACAUGGUAACUGCCAGGCAGUUGGUUGAGGUGAAGCUUCUGGACAUGGGCACAGUUGAGCAGCUGCGCCUUGGUCUCAAGUCUGUGGAAGACAUUCAGAAAAGUCUUAGUAAGUUUUUGACUAAAUCCACUGCGAUUGCAGGGCUAUACCUGGAGUCAACUAAAGAAAGAAUGACAUUUACCUUAGCAGCCAAGAAAAUAAUAAUAGAUAAAGCCCUGGCCUUAGCCUUUUUGGAAGCUCAAGCAGCAACAGGUUUUAUUAUUGAUCCCAUUUCAGGGCAGAAAUAUUCUGUGGAGGAUGCACUUGUUAAGGGGCUUGUCGAUAAUGAAUUCAAAGGUCGGCUCCUUGAGGCAGAGAAGGCAGUCCUAGGAUAUCUGCAUGGUUCAAAGAAGUUGUCAGUGUUUCAAGCUAUUGAGAGCAGGCUCCUUGAAAGAAGAAAAGGAAAGCAUAUCUUGGAGGCCCAGGUUGCAUGUGGGGGAAUUAUUGAUCCUGUGAGAAGUGUUCGACUGCCUCCAGAAAUAGCUGUACAGUUGGGCUUGCUGAAUAAUGCCAUUUUGCAAUUCUUACAUGAGCCAUCAAGCAACACCAGGGCUUUCCCUAACCCCAAUAACAAACAAGCUCUCUAUUACUCUGAAUUACUGAGAAUGUGUGUCUUUGACAUAGACAGCGGGUGCUUCUUGCUUCCAUUUGGAGAAAGGAAAAUUUCCAAUCUUUCUGUAGAAAAAGCUCAGAAAAUUUCUGUAGUAGACAUAAAGACGGGAGCAGAACUGACUGCAUUCAAGGCUUACCAAAGGAAUCUUAUCGAGAAAAACACCUAUCUCGAGCUCUCAAGACAGCAGUAUCAGUGGAAGGAAGCCACGUUCUUUGAUUCCUGUGGAAAGGCUUCUCAUCUGCUGACUGAUGUUAAAACAGGAUUGCAGUUUAGUAUCAAUGAGGCAGUGGAAGAGGGAGUGAUUGACAGAGCUCUGGUUAAGAAAUGUCAGGAAGGUAUCAUCACACCCACUGAGCUUGCUGAUACUUUGCUGAGCAAGUUAGUUUCAAAGAAGAAUUUAAACAGUCCAAUUGCGGGAUACUGGCUCUCUGAUUCUGGCGAAAGGAUCUCAGUCCUCAAAGCUUCACGCAGAAAUUUGAUUGAUCGGAUUACUGCCCUUAGAUGCCUUGAAGCUCAAGUCAGUACAGGUGGUAUCAUUGACCCACUUACAGGCAGAAGGUACAGGGUGACCGAAGCUUUGCAUAGAGGGUUAAUUGACGAGUCAUGUGCCCAACAGCUACGACAGUGUGAGGUGGUGUUCAGGGGGAUUACUCAUCCAGUCACUAACCAGACUAUGUCUGUGGUUGAAGCUGUGAACACAAAGGUUCUGAGCAUAGAACUUGGGAUUCGAUGUUUGGAGUUCCAGCACUUGACAGGUGGGUUAAUCCAUCCACAGUCUCAGGUGAGGUUGUCAAUAGAAGAAGCUCUCAAGGAGGGCAUCCUUGAUGUCCUCACUGCUUCAAAGCUCAAAGAUCAAAAGCCCCACGUCAGAGAUAUAAUAUGCCCCAAGACUAAAAGGAAGUUGACUUACAAGGAGGCCUUAGAGAAAGCGGAUUUCGAUUUUCACACAGGACUAAGACUCCUGGAAGCAUCAGAGCCCCUCAUGUCUGGGAUUUCCAGUCUCUACUAUUCUUCAUAAAAUUAAGUGACAUUAUAUUAUUGCUUAGGAUAUGACCUCAUUUUAAUCACUCAGUUGUAAGAAACUCUUAAAGUACUCACCACUGGUUUCUUGUCCUGUUGGAAACUGCUAGCAUCUAAGAGUGUUUGUUAUAUUUAAAACCAUGGCUGAAGAAGGAUUGAAAUGGUUUCACUUAGCUUUGAGAUUAAUUCUGUAUACCUGUCUGAGAAAAGUCAAGUCUUCCUAUAUCUAAAUGUGGACAAGAUGAGCCCAAUCAAAGUCACUAUGUCCUCUCGCUCUUUUGGAGUUAGUCUAAUCUUUACCAGCCCAGCCUCAGGCUAGGGGCCCCAUAUCCUGAAUGAUGCCGGACCUCGAGAUUAACUAUAAAGCGAUUUUGGAGGACCACCAGGAACAAAAAAGAAACAUCUGCCGCUGUCCCAGUGUACCUAGGUCUUUUGAGUUUCAGACUGUAUUGCCAAAUAAAAUAAGUUUGCAUUUCCUUGUGUUACACUUCCAGACAUCUUAAAAUAGUUAACAAAAGUCACACUUAUUUUCAAGACAUUGAAGUCCAAUGCUAAGCAGUUUAAAAUAUAUUUGUUGUGCUAUGGGGGUGGGUGGAAUUGACAGCUCAUUGUUAUUUGAUUAGAUACUGCUGGAAAUCUAUAUUUUUCUGUGUAUUUUUCUUCUGUGAACAUGCUCUAUAUUACUCUGAUUUGAUGAGAUAUUCAAGACUCUUCUACAUCAGUGACUCGACUUGAAUGCUAAUGCAAAGGCAGUAGUUCAAAGAUUUUUUUUUAUUCUAUCAUCUUUUUAUUAAUAAAAUAUUAAUAUUAUUAUGUGAGCCAUAUAAAUAUAAAAGAAAAGAGAGGUUAUUGCAAACUAGAGUAGACAGGGAAGGCCUCGUGGAAGUGGUUUGGACCUUAAAGGAUGGAAAAUAAGUGAUUGAGGAAAAAAUUAAUUGAUGGAGGAAAAGUCAAGAAAAAACGUACUGGGAAUUAAAUGAGUGGAGCCUAGGGGCAGACCUACCUGGGCUUCUGUUGUCAAGUAGUGGCAUAUAGGGUUAGAUAGAAUGGACCCAGAUCAUAGAGAUUUUUGAAAGCCAGGGUGAAACGCUCAGGCUUGAUUCAGUAGGUAGUAGGGAGCCAUUGUAAGCUCUUGAGCUGGAGAGGGGGAGAUGACAAGUCAAAUGCAAAGCAUGGGUUCAAAAAUCCAAGAGAAAUGCUUUUCUAGUUAUUUAGGCUAGAGACAAUUUAGGGAAAAAAAAAUCAAGCUCCAUGUGGAGUUUGCCAUUUAUUUCUAAUAUAUGUUUAUAUUGCACUACUUGAAGUGCCAAGAGGACUUUUGUUUAGCUGUAUUCUACCACAAAUUCAUGAUGGUCUGGUUACCAAGGUCAAAACCCCUUAAGAUUCUCUCCAGCAUGUCAGUUUCUCAGUUCAAAGAUUUUAAGGUUUUGAAUAAAGCUGCCAUUUAUGGUUUGUCAUCUUGAACAACCACUUGGAAGUUAGAUUGCUCUUUCUGCAAGGUUUCAGUGCAAUUUGAAGCAUUGCCCCACAGUUUGUGUUGCCUUCACAAAAAUUUGUUGCCCCCUUUCUAGAGAAAGCAUGAAAAUCUUGAUCACAGGAGAGUAACAUAUGGUCUGUGUGGUUAUGUCAGUGAAUAAAACAUUCUACUAGCCCUGGUAUGGAUAAUGGUAUUUUCACACGUUUAUUUGUUAAGCAGAAUCUAACACCUCAAUAACUUUACUAUAUAUAUAUUUUU